GGCAAGAACAGAACGUACCCCUAUCGCCAAGAUGGGAUAUAUGAUCCAUACGUCCAACGCUCAUCUCUCGAUCGGAGACCUUAAUGGGGGGAUUGGUACUCGCCGGUUCGAUCCCGCGAAGAUGUACCUCCGGCCCCUGGAACCAGACGAAGUGGAGGUUCCAUGGAGCGAAGAAUGGACGUGUGUGGCCUGCUACAAAGCAGAAAGAUGCUCGAAGUGCAAGAAGAUGGCUGUGCACAUAAAUUCCAUCAUUGUUGCCGUGGAUGGGGCGUGCAGAGGCAAUGGAACCUCUCAUGCCAAAGCUGCCGCUGCAGUCUACUUUGGACCCCAGUCCGCUUACAACGUUGCCCGGGUUCUGAACAGCCCAGAUCCAACCAACCAGAAAGCAGAACUGGAGGCAGGAAUUAUUGCCCUCGAAAGAGCCUUGGCGAUAUCUAAGAACGAGAGAUUCUAUUCCUACGACGACGACUCGGGCGCCCUCCUGGAAACGGUGGUGGUCAAGACCGACUCUGAAUAUCUCGCCAAGGGGAUGUCCGAGUGGGUGUUGAAAUGGGAGCAAAACGGCUACAUCAAUUCUCGAGGCUUGCCUGUUCUGAACGCUUCAUUGUUCCGCACACUUCAAAGUUUGGCUGCUGAGCUCGAGGAGCGAGAUGUGAAAGUCCUCUUCUGGCACGUCCCCAGGCAUCUCAACAAGAAGGCCGAUCAGAUGGCGAACAACGCGCUGGACGGUAAACCUAUCUAGGUUGUCUAGGGCUAAAUCAGUCGAAAAAAUGCGACAUAUCAACCCAUCCGUUAACUAGUUAUUUGCAAAACUUAUCAUGUUAUCAGCUCAAAAUUGUACGGCGGUUUCUGAUUGAACAUCUCCAGGCGACGAUGUCCAGUUUGAAAAAACACACUCAAUAAUCAGCAAGAAUGGAGGCAAAGGAGCAACUAGCUAAUCACUUACUAACUAAGCAAUAUAUGUAUAAUUUGACAAUGGUGGCUGAAUCUUUCUAUCUUAUUGUCUUUGCU